AUGUCCUCUGGCCUGAAGCUCAAUGAUCCCAGCUUCCAGCAGAUUGAGGACGAGCUGGCCCUCAUCCACGUCCAGGCCUCCCAAAACAGCCUGGUCUUCACCUCAGACAUCAAAGAUCUGAAGGAGAAGCUGCACUCCACCGAGCUGAAGCUCCAGGCUGCCGAGAACAAGCUCGAAGCUACUGAGAAGGAGCUGGAGAAGGCCCGCCACCAGCUUGGCCAUCACGACCUCUCUUUCGAGAUGGUGCUCGACCUUCGCGAGAUCAUCUUCUCGACCGCCCUGCGCCUCCACUCCGCGAGUCUCCAUCUCAACACCAACAAGUUCCUGCUCUACCAGGGGGCUGUGAAGCCCGUGCAAGCUCCCUCCUCGCUCAAGGGUGGCUAUGCGGCUAUGGAUGCUAUCCUCAUUCUGGAACGUCAGCAUAUUGACUGGCUGGUUCCAUUCAUGCGGAUCUACGGAGUCGACGCGUCAGUCGUCAAGGAGAUAGCCGAGGCCGGGCACGCUCGUAUCCUACGCGUCUUGAAUGCCGUUGGCACUUACCGCCUUGCUGGAAAGCUGGAGCUCGACGAAGGCGAGAAGGAGGUCUUCGAGGAGAUGGUCCACAUGAUUGAUUUCAAGCGCAUGGAGGCGGCUUCGGACCUGAGUCGCCAGUUCCCUUUCAAGAAGCUGGCCUUCUCCAUGGAUGGAAUGGAGUAA